CGGUGAGCGACGCCGAGAGGAGAGAAAGAGAGAAAGAGAGAAAGAGAGAAAGAGACAACGCAGCGAACAAAACACACAAUGGCGACGGCGGCGACAACGGCAGGCGGGACGGGCUCCGGCGGCCCCACCACCGGCCCCACCGGCAGCGGGACCGCGGUGGGACGGAAGAAAGACGGCGGCCCGUCCACCAAAUUCUGGGAGAGUUCAGAGACGAUAUCGCAGUUGGAGACGGUGCGGCUGUGGAUCGGGAAGCACUACAAGAAGUACGUCCAGAAUGACUCCCCCUCCAGUAAAUCCUUGGCAGGUCUGGUGGUCCAGUUGCUGCAGUUCCAGGAGGACGCAUUUGGACGCAGGGUCAACAAUCCUGCUCUUACCAAGCUGCCUGCCAAGUGUUUCCUGGAUUUCAAGGCAGCGGGUGCUCUCUGUCACAUCUUGGGGUCGGUCUACAAGUUUAAGAGCGAGCAGGGGUGGCGCAGAUUUGACCUGCAGAAUCCUUCCCGGAUGGACAGGAACGUGGAAAUGUUCUUAAAUGUGGAGAAGAACUUGGUCCAGAAUAACUGCUUGACUCGACCCACUGUCUUCCUGUCGCCGGACAUCGAGCAGAAACAAGCCAGUAAGCUCAAAGACAUCAUCAAAAGACACCAGGGCUCCAUCACUGACGAUAAGUCAAAGGCCACCCACCACAUAUACCCAUCUCCAUCCCAGCAAGAAGAAGAUGAGUGGCUUCGUCCUGUCAUGAGGAAAGACAAGCAGGUGCUGGUGCACUGGGGUCUCUCCCCGGACAGCUAUGAUACAUGGGUAUCAGCCAGCGAGGUGGACGGGGAUGUGGAGGACCCACCCAGCUCUGACAGACCAUGGAAGGUCCACGCCAAGUGGGUUUUAGACACUGAUGCCUUCAAUGAGUGGAUGAACGAAGAAGACUACGAGGUGGAUGAGAACAAGAAGCCGGUUAGCUUCCGCCAGAGGAUCUUCCCCAAGGAGGAGGAGUCUUCCCGUACCCCCGAUCGCAAGGAGCGCAAGGCCAACUCUGCUGGCAAGAAGAGGAGGCGCUCGCCCUCGCCACCCAGUACUCCUGCUGAAUCCCGCAAGAAGGGAGGAAAGAAGGGGAACCCGGGGCCUCACUGGAAGCGACGGGGCCACAGAGGCGAAGAGGAGGACACAGAGGAGGACAUGAACAAGGACAUGGACGACUCCUCAGCUGGUGCCAGCAUGGAGGAGGGCAGCAUGUCCAAGAAUGCAAAUUCAAAGAAAGACAGUGAAAAUACUCCAAUGAAAGGAGGAAAUGUGGCAGACUUGGAUGACAUGGAGGAUGACUCUGUGCUGUCUGGUGGAAAGGAUGACGAGGAACAGAGCAAGGCUGAAAUCAACCGACUGAUAGAUUCUGGUGAGGACAAUGUCACCGAGCAGACUCACCACAUCAUCAUCCCCAGCUACGGCGCUUGGUUUGACUACAACUGUAUCCAUGAGAUUGAGAGAAGAGCCCUGCCUGAGUUCUUCAACGGCAAGAACAAGUCCAAAACUCCAGAGAUAUACCUGGCCUACCGUAAUUUCAUGAUCGACACGUAUCGGCUAAACCCUCAGGAGUACCUCACCUCUACCUCCUGUCGCAGGAACCUGACCGGGGAUGUCUGUGCCAUCAUGAGGGUUCAUGCGUUCUUGGAGCAGUGGGGUUUGGUGAACUACCAGGUCGACGCUGAUAGCCGCCCAUUGCCCAUGGGCCCCCCACCCACACCGCACUUCACCGUGCUGGCUGACACACCAUCUGGCCUCAUGCCACUGAACCACAGACCCCCACCGAUUCCCCCUCAACAGCAAAUGCCCAACUUCGCUGACAAAUGCAAAGACAAGAUCGACUUGCAGAACUUCGGCAUUCGCACCGACCUCUACAACAAGAAAAACCCCAAGGGUAAAGCAGUCAGCUCCACCAGGGAAUGGACUGAGCAGGAGACUCUACUGCUGCUGGAGGCUCUGGAAAUGUUCAAAGACGACUGGAACAAAGUGUCUGAGCACGUCGGUUCACGCACCCAGGACGAGUGUAUCCUGCACUUCCUGCGGCUCCCCAUUGAGGAUCCAUACCUGGAGAGCACUGAGGCCUCCCUGGGCCCUCUUGCCUACCAGCCCAUACCCUUCAGCCAGUCUGGAAACCCUGUCAUGAGCACAGUCGCCUUCCUGGCUUCUGUGGUUGACCCCAGGGUGGCGUCUGCUGCUGCCAGAGCAGCACUAGAGGAGUUCUCCCGUGUGCGAGAGGAGGUGCCGGCUGAGUUGGUGGAGGCUCAUGUAAAGAAGGUGCAGGAGGCGGCCAGGAGCACAGGAAAGGUGGACCCCGCCUUCGGCCUGGAGAGCAGCGGCAUUGCAGGCACCGCCCCAGAGGAGCCAGAAAAGACUGAAACCCCAGAGGCAGAGAAGAUGGACACAGACACAGACUCCCAGCAGGCCGAUAAGGAGGCGGAGAAGCCAAGUGAGUCUGCAGAGAAAAGCAGCGACAAGACUGAGGCCACAGAGAAGGUGAAGAAGGAGGGAGCAGAAGCGUCGGAGCGUGAGGAGGAGAAUGAAGAGGGAGGGGAGGCCAAGACAGCUCCAGCAGACAAAGACAAGGAGGACACUAUGGAAACAUCAGCCUCGGAGCAGGAGAAGGAGAAGGAGGAGAAGGCAGCUACAGAGGAGGGAGAGGAAAAGAGGAAGAAACUGGAGCAUGACAUCGAAGAGGGUAACAUCGCCACAGCUGCCGCUGCUGCCCUGGCAUCUGCUGCCACCAAGGCCAAGGACCCAGAUGAAGAAGCUGGAGAUCAAGCUGAGGCACUUUGAGGAGCUCGAGACCAUUAUGGAUCGAGAGAAAGAGGCUCUGGAGCUUCAGCGGCAGCAGCUGCUCACCGAGCGCCAGGCGUUCCACAUGGAGCAGCUCAAAUACGCCGAGAUGAAGGCGAGGCAGCAGAUGGAGCAGCAGCAUGCCGCCACUGCAGCCGCCGGCCACACUCAAGGACAGGGACAGGCUCCUGGAUCUGGACCCCACUCUGGGCCCCCUCCACCAGGUAUGCACCCCGGAGGGCCUCAGCCACACCACGGAGCACCAGUGCCCCACCACGGAGGGCCCCCACCCGGUGGUGCCAUGCACACCGGAUACCCCCCAAUGGGCCACCACCCAAUGGCCCCCCACCACCCAGGACAGACAGGACCAAUGGGACCAGGCCAGCCGAUGCCAGGACGUAUGAUGCCUGGCCCGCCCUCCGCUGGGCCCCCUCCUGGCGGCAUGCCUCCCAUGAUGCCUCCACGCCACCCUGGAGCUCCCAACGGCAUGUACCCUGGCCCACAACCUGCACAGCCUGAAGCGGUACCUCAAGUUCCUGUGGGUCCUCCAGCGCCCCCGAGUGCUCGAGUGCCUGACAACUGAGACCUACACAUAUACUCGCAAAAGCACACACGCAUACAAACACACACACACAGACACACAAAUCUAACUCUAUCUCUGAACCUCAGCCCCUUUUUUGAUGGCCUUUGCUAUUGGCUCGGUGUUUUCCCCCUCAAAACGACCAUAAACUUUCACACAGGCUGCACACACACA